CCUGAUCCGACCUGCACGAACAUGUACAAUGAACCAGCAGACCACCCGAACGCCGGCAUUGGCGGAUAUGCCGGAUACCACCGAGGAUCACUCAUCGGCGGCAACAUCAAUAUCCAGCGGCGCUCGUCCAUCGGCAAGACCCCAGUAAUGGAGGAUCCGAAGCAGCACAGAUCCAACAUGGGUGGUCCUCUGUGCAAUCCGUGCAGAUCAAGCAUAGGCCGGAACACGGGCAUAAUGUAUUUUGACAACACUGUCAUUCCCGUGUACUAGAUCUCUCCCAUGCGGAGUUUUUGUUCACUC